AUGUCUUUAGACGCUGUGAUGCCGGAGAAGGACUGCAUUCAUUUCACACCAGGUCACUCCUUUGAAGAUAUCAAAAACUCGAUACUCCUCUUCCCAUCAAUUUCGGUGGCGAACGUGCCUCAACUCACAGCAGACCUCUUACUCCACACUCUACCUUUUGUGAGGAUUGGAACUAUAAAUGACGACUAUCUCCACUCCUUUGUGUCUCCAAUAGAUUAUGUGGCCUCUGAGCUGAGGCCGAACGGAGUUUCCUACGGAAUUGAGCUAUAUUACUGUCAGGAUCAGAACCUUACUUUGGUACAACAAAGAGCACCAAUAAUCGCAGGUUUGCACGAGGAACAUAUCGCGGAGGUAAUUGUGCCACUUUUGAAGCAAGCGGACUUCAAGAACGUGAUUUUGUUUCAUCUGUUGGAUGCUGGGCUCGUGGAGAACAUCUUCCCUGGAACUUUACAGGUGUACACCCAAGAAGACCAGCUCAGUAAAUCACUUGAAGCACUCCGAAUCUCUGAACAGGGAUACCAACUGCUUUCCAGUUUGCCGGAGAUAGAUGCGCCAUACAUGAAGUGUCUCAUGAAGAGCCUAGGAGAGUUUGUCAACUAUUCAAUUUUGGUUGCGUUUGCAUACGAAGGAGACAACUUUUAUGAUUCUUUAAACAUGGCUACAAAGGUUGCUCACUUGUUGGAUAUUGACGUAUCCCAGUGGAAAACUCCUGUUAGUUGGUUCGGUGUUUAUGGUGAUAAGCCUGUUUCAAAUGCCAUGGAAGACGGCUUGUACGGCUGA